AAUGACCUGCAUUGUCUUAUCAUUCCGUUUCAUUUGCUUGUUAUCGGAAGAAACACGAGGUUAAUCCCAGGCAUGAGAGGAAAGGUUCCCAGCGCAUGUGAGAGAUGUCGCAAACAGAAGCUCAAGUGCGACAUUGAGCGGCCUUGUACCCUAUGUGUGCGGUCCAACGUAGAGUGUAUCACUCCCCCGGUCGAAAGAUGGAGAGUCCACCAUCCGCAGAAGGAAACCCCCACCUCCCGUGGAGAGCCAGCAGCCAAACGGCGUCGGCUCCGUCGGACGAGAGAUGGGUCUUCUGCGCCUGCAUCUCAACCUGAAGGGGAAGGACCUGCCAGCCCUGAAGUCAUCAGUUCAAGCCCAGUUCAAGCCCCUGACGAUUCUACUGGAGACGCUCCCUGGAAUGCGAGUUCCACAAUCACACUUGUCGAAGAAGCAUUCCAUCAUCAUGAAGCGCCUUCACCCGAGGAGGCAGAGACAUCUGCUUUCCUAGCAAGCACAUGGGCUCACCCGAGACCAAGAGUAUCAGGACAGCGACAACCACAGGGAGCACCGAGUCCGUUGCAGCGAAUGCUUUCUCAGCACCUCCAGAAUACCCGACGUCUCCAAGUCCCAAGAUCGUCCAUCUCCAUCGCCACAGAGCAAGAACUGUUGAUGCUGCUACCUGACUUGGAAGUGGCGACGACACUGGUCGAAAACUACUUCAAUCGGAUUCAUUGGUUCAUGCUGGUCUUUCAUCAACGCGAUUUUAGGAACAAGUUCCAAAAUCUAUACGGCCCUGGCCCACGUCCUUCUAAUGAGGCUAGCCAAACCAACGGCCGUGUUGGUUACACUGCUGUACUCCUGGCUGUCUUUGCAACCAGCUUGCAAUACACCAAUGCUGAGCAGAAGGACCUCUUACUCUCGCACGGCAUCGACGCCGAAGCACUCAAAAACAACAUAUUGGUAGGGCUCAAGCUCAGAUUUCUCGACAUCAUAUCAUUGGGCUCUUUGGAGGUUGUCCAGAUGUGUAUUCUGCUGGGAAGUUACUACCUCUAUCAUGGAGAGCCCGAGAUGGCAUGGCCGCUGUGCGGCUCCGGUUUGCGCAUAGCUCAAGCACUUAACCUCCAUCGCAGGGUCCCAAACGACAAAUCCGAUGACGAGUCUCUUCGGAAGAUGAUUGAAGAUCGAAAACGUGCCUGGUGGGCCAUCUACGAGAUUGAAACUUUCUGUUCAAUGCUCUACGGCUUUCCUUCGAGUAUCUCUGACCGCGAUUGCGACAUUGCUCCCCUUAACCCCUAUGACGAAUACUCGGGCUCCAUGUCGGAGGAGCAGUACGCGACGAAACCGAACCUUUUGUUCUUCAAAUGUGCCAUGUCGAAACUGUCAGCGAUUGUCAAGUCCGCGUUGGACGAUCUCUACGGGACUCGUUGUAACGGGGAGCGGCAAGGCCCGAGCCAAGCCGCCCGUUUGAAGAGCCUCGUCAACAAGGUGGCAUCUUUAAAUUCAAGACUACUUAGAUGGAACGAUACUCUCUCUCCGAAACUCAAGUAUGACGAGUUGGCUGGCCAAUCAUUGACUAGUAAUCAAGUGGCUGGUCAUUCAACUCAAUCCGAGGUGGAGUUUGAAGAACACCUCUUCAGACUCCAAGCACUCUCGCUCAAGCUGGCAUACGAAAAUGCGAGAAUUCUCAUCCACAGGCCUUUAUUAUCCUUCAAAAUGCGCCGACCUCCCUCUGAAGCUCGAGAAGAUACUCCUGGCUACCAAGACCCCUUUCAGCUCGCAAUGGAUACUUGCCGAGACGCAGCGCUACAAAUAUCCCAGGUCGGAUCAACCGUGUACUUACGAGAAGCUUCUGAAACAUAUGCGAUUGCAUUUGUCUCUCUGCAUCUUCUUACCGCUGGAGUGACCCUGUGCAUAUCAAUAUCACUCGAUCCACUGAGCCUGAAAGCCUAUGAAUCGAGAAUGGGGAUUCGAAGACUUAUGCAGAUACAAGCUUGGUUGAAAGAGAAAUCUAUUGUUGCUGCCCAAGGGCUCGAUAUAACAACAAGACUGAUGUCUUUGGUCAUGGCUAAGGAAGUCGACGCCAUGUUCGAGGUUGGUCCAGGGGGCCAAACAACAGGCAAACGGCCAACAGAUUAUGAACGAGGUGACGCCUCCACGGGAAUUUCCUUAGAGAGACCCUCUGAGCAAGCUCCAGCACAGACGCCAGUAGAAGUAUCAGCAGCCGCUGAUGGAGAUCUUUCCGAGUUAUCACACAUCGAUCUGCCCAGCGAAACAAUCGAUGGGACAUUCGAUGACCAACUCGUCGAGUUUUGCGAGAAUACAUUCAUGACGGAAGCAGUUUUGGAAUAUGAGCAAGCCAUCACAAACCCAUUGAGUAUAGCCAACCCGAACGAAGAGCCCGUGUUCUUUGAUAAUCAACAAGACACCUUCUUAGGAGGUACUUCACUCGGUCAGGAGCAAGGUUGGAUCUGGGGCUGGAAUUUCUUGGGUUAG